GGCUGGCGAGAGAGCACCUCUGCCCUCAGCAGCUUUUACAACUGGCUGUAGGGGUCGUUUUUAGGAUAGUUCCCCUUCUCCCUCCCCUCCGUCCCCCCCUUCCCCCCCAAAAAACUGGUUAUGUUUUAGUGAUCUUUAAGGAGGACAGAUAAAACACAGCUGUGUUUUGUGUCUAAGAGCUUUAGAAUAUAAGAUACUUAGGACACAAAGUUCUGCCUCCUGAUAACUUAUAUCAUGUUCCAUCUUUUAUCUUUUCUGUCGAUUAGUUCGUGUGCUGGCGUUGUUUCCCUGAAUGCACCGUUUCUGUAAUGCUGGUAUUUGAGGAACAUGUUUGUAAUUCUUUCAAUAACAGUUCAUCUUUCCAGGUCCAUCCAAACCAAAAACAGCUUCCCAAAAUGUCUGAGUUGGAACUGUGCUGUCUUAGUUUUGCAUGUAAAUGUUAAAUGUAUUUUCUGUAAAACAGUGAACACCCAAAUGCAGAUGGCUACUUUCUGUCUAAGCAGCAACCAGUGAAGACUGACUCACUUUAAUAAAGAAUGGAAAGAGGCUGUGGGUUCAGUCUUCCGACCUAUGAAGUGCCCACCACUGAUGAUGCUAAUACAUUAAAGGGACAACAUUAAGACCCUGACAUGUGAUGUGAGCAUCUCUGCACCAUCAUCUCUACAAAGCAAGGGGAAUUUUUCCUUAUUAGGAAAUAGGAAGCUUUUUUUUGACACUCAUGCACUGGUGUGCCUUUUGGAAGAAAAUGGGUUCACUACUCGGCAGUCGGAGGUCAUUGUUUCUGCCUUAGUGAAAAUUGUGAACACCAACCUGGAUAUGAUUUACAAGGACAUGGUCACCAAAGUACAACAGGAGAUUGCUCUUCAACAAAUAAUGUCUCAUAUUGGUGGUGUGAAAAAGGAUAUGAUUAUUCUGGAAAAAAGUGAAUUUUCAGCACUACGUUCAGAAAAUGAGAAAAUAAAACUUGAACUCCUGCAGAUAAAGAAGCAAGUCAUGGAUGAAAUUACCAAAGUUCGUGCAGAUAACAAGUUAAACCUCAACCUAGAGAAGAGCAGAGUAAAAGAACUGUAUUCACUUAAUGAAAGAAAACUACUCGAAAUGAGGACAGAAAUAGUGGAAUUGCACGCACAGCAAGAUCGAGCUCUAACUCAAACAGACAGAAAAAUAGACACAGAAGUUGCAGGUCUGAAGACAAUGCUAGAAUCACACAAACUGGACAAUAUUAAGUACUUAGCAGGUUCAGUAUUUACAUGCCUUACUGUAGCACUGGGAUUUUAUCGUUUAUGGAUGUAAUACAGCAUCAUUUUGGACUUGUACUGUCUUGCUUUCUGAAAACCAAGGAGGUUUUGUCUCUGCACUGACUUUAACCAAGUCUUUACUGUUUUAUUUAUUUUUUGUAAAGCAGACUAUAUUGAGAAUGUAACCAAAGACGUGCCUAGAAACAAAUUGUACAUAUAUCUUACAUAUUUUGAAGUUUACCUCUGAUUGAAGCAUGAUAUAUGCAUUUCUGCUAACUUCUUCCUCUCUGAACUGCUGUACAGCUUGCUAUUACAAAGUGUCAUUUCAGUAGAGACUGGCAUUCAUACCAGUUGUAUGGGGCUGCAGGAUGUAGAGAAGAAUCUGCUUGGAAUUACGCUCCAGAGUCUAUUCAGAUGUGCUUGCCAGAGUCAGUUGCAUGUGUUGGAAUGGAAUCUUGAUUCUUAAUGUAAAAGUGAAACUAUACUUUUUGUGGCUUGGAGGCAUUCUUGUGUAAGUAGGAUUUGUGUUAACUGAAUCAUGCUUACUUCCCUCCUUCUAACGCUUGUUCAUAUACUAUGAUCAAAUAUUUGUUUUGCUGUUUUUAUAACAUUACAGUCAUCUGUUUGUUUUCCAGAUGACCGUCCAAUCAAUCAUGUUUCAUGAAAGAGUACUGUGUAAUGAUAGCAGUGCUUACUGCUAUGUUUUGUCUGUAAUAUAUUUGUAGAGUGUUUGGUAACUUGCCUUUGGUAGAUAUAAGUAUCUAAAACUCAUUCCAUAUGCUAAUUGUUAACUUUACCACUAUAAUUAGAAGAGACGUUUGAAACGCAGUACAGUGCGUUGGUUGUGUUGUAUUUUUACAGUUAAAUGAUACAAAGUAUCUCUGGUGCUGCUUUCUUGAUGGAAGGGAACUGGUGCUUCUAGAGAGGAAAGAGAUUUUAACUGGUGGUUAUGAAGCAGUGUCUUAGAUCAGGGAACAGCUAUACUGACAGUCUUCUGAUUUAAAAAAAAAAGAGAUAAAGGAAAAGAAAUUCUCUUUGGUUCUUCAAAUGUGGAACCUCAUUAGUGAUUAUAAAGAUGAAAGCAGUAAUGGAGACCUGCAGGUAUGCUUAAUCUAGUUCUGAACAAGCCCAUGAACUGGUUAAAGCAGCUUACAGGAAUGGAGGAAAAUGUCCAGUGUGUCCAGAAAUCUGUCACUCUUCCACUGAUGAAAUGACUGCUUUGAUAACAGAGCCACCAUCUGUGUUUCUUCAAUUAAGGGAAAUUUCCUCUUCUUGCCCGCUCGUAGGCGAAGGGAGCAAUCUAUGCAGUAGUAAUAAAUGUUGUUAGAGCACAAUCCUGGCUUUGCUUAAUCAAAGUAAAGCUGUUUGGCUACUUUGCAACUGUACUGUAUUAACGAUUAAACUUUUUAAUGGUUGGGAGUGCUAUCUUCGAUUAUGUGCAAGUCAGGAGGAAGGGGUGGAUACCUGUAACAAAUCUAGACUGGCCUGAAAUAAAGAAUUUUGGAUGUUUCUAUAAAACAUACUGAGUUUUCAUUAUAAAAUGCCACUUUUUAAAAAGUAUUUUGAAUUUAAUCUUUUUAAGGUAAAUCACUGCUAAGAUUACUUUUAACUAAGAAUUAGUAGAUGAACAACCACUAUAACACUAAAAAGGAAAGAACUUUCAAUGAGCAGUAUAAAGAAAACUAUUAUUGCAAAAUAACCAUUUCUAACCUUACAGUCUCUCUAAAAUGAAUGUAUCUGUCUAUUCAGAAUUAUCAAGGGUUUAAGUUUAAAAAUUUUUUUGUAUUGACUUACAGUACUUGACACUUUUUUCAAAUAGAGAAGCUUUAAUUUAAUGUUUGGAGUGAUCUCAGUGUCGGUUCCCAUCUUCUUGGGACAGAUGGUUCUGUAUAUGUCUGUGUAAUCAGUAUAUCUUUGCCUGUAUGCGUGAACAUCUGAUAAAUACUUGCUAUAAUAAUUCUUUAGAACUGAUUUUAAAUGUGGGGUGCAUUCUGCUAAAAAUAGAUGUUAUACAAAUAGAUUUCUUUGUGGGGCUGGUAGAGGGAGGAAGUGGAAGAAUAUAGAACAGCAUUGUCCUGGAAGUAGGAAAGUGUCCAAAAAACAUCAAUUUUGGUGACUGCUCCAAACAAGGAAUAAAGUUAAUAUGUCAUUCAGGAAAAGGACAAUAUAAAUUAAACAAAUCUGUAAUUUCCAAGCCCCAAAAGUCUUAAAGUGCAGUGUACUUCUUACUGAUGUCUUACGUACAUAGAAUGCAAAAUCUUCUCUGAUUUCUUCUUCGGAUUUUUAAAGGUCAGUAUCAGUAGUUAGUACUCUUUGUAAUACAGUGCACCACAUUUAUUUGCACUAGCAUUCCAAAAGGUAGAAAAUCCCUGUGUGUAUUUCUGAACAUCUGAUUCUUUCAAAACGGUAUUUAAACCCAAAAGACUAGUUCUUUGGUACAGGUGAGAAACAAAAACAUAGAACAUACUGCUAAAUUUCUCUUGAAAAGCAAUAGUCGAAAGUGUCAAAUAAUUACUAAAUUCAUAACAUAACCAGGAGGUUUUAAGUUAGCACUUUCCCAAUUUUUUCCCAUUUAAGACUUUUUUUCUGCAUUAUGCUGUUUAUGUCUCUAGUCUGGUGUAAGUAGCAAUUCUAACUCUACAGAAAUAGUUUUCAGUUCCCUGACUUCAGAUAUUGGCUUCAUAUUUGCAGGACUUUUUUCAAAAGAUGUAAGUGAAAAAUAGAUGGACUGUUUUCCCAUAAAACCACUGCAGGUGUGAAAGUCUGUAGUAGCUCCCUCUUGGUUCAGAAUGUAUCUGUUCAUUUCUUGCCUGGCCGGUUGAGGGAAGGGUAUUAAAGACAACAAAAUUUAAUCUAGAAAAGUCAGAUUUCUCAGACUGUCCCUAAGCUAGUGUACAGGGAGUGAGGAUGCAGCUAAAGCUGAGCUCUAGCUCUGAUUUGCUUUCUAGAGGAGCUCAUCCCUCUGCUGAGAGCACCUAAGAGUAAUUGUCUGCCUAUGCUAAAACUAAUUUUGUGAAUAUUCCUCCUGAAAUUCCAUGUUUAGACAGUUUCUCAGUGACCACAGGCUAGCAAAGACAGGAGGUUCUCUAAGGAUGCAUUUCCUUUUAGGGAGGGAGAUUGACCAUCAUUGUUUUUGCUGCAAGUUGAUCCUAAAGCUUCUCUUGUAUUUUGGAGAAUAAAUAGAGGUCUAGAGUUCUUACAAAACUGUAUUCAGUUGUAGCAUAUUAGCAGGAGUAUACUGAAUUUAGCUACUUUAGCCUGUCUUGCUUUCUCGCCUGUUUUUAGUUAAAAUCUGAAAGGGAGCGGUCUUUUUCACUAGUAGGUAUUAGCUAAAUUGUUUACUUUAAGUGUUUCAGUAUUAUUGUUAAAUUGCUUGCUGUUUAACCCCCUCGCUAUUGGAAGUCUUGAUUGUAUCAUUUAUUUCCCAGCAUGCUGUAGGAGUUGUACUAAAAACCAUGAGUUGACAAAUGGAAACAUAUUUUUAACGUAUGUAAGAAACCUGCUUCAAUCUCUCUACGCACAAAUCUGUUUUGCAUGUUAACAGCCGUACUUCUUUGAUAAGCCUUAUUCUGGUAGUUGAAUAUUCACUUAACUGAUUUCUUCAUAAACUGUGAAAUCCUAGCUCCUUGCAGUUAUUAAUAACAUUUCUAUUGACUUUGGAGAAUGCAGACUUUUACCUUCUAGAAAUUCCAAGUCAUAACACUUAAGUGAUAUCAUGACAGUGAUUUUUCUUCUUACUCUCGCUGCCAUCUGUAGACCUGGCACAGGAGAACUGUUUUUUCAAUCGGCAAAGUUAGCUGACUUCCUGUGACUAGUUCAUUUUAACUACUGGUUGCAAGAUGUGGGCAAGACUUACUUUUGCAUCUCCCACUGAGUUUUCAGGGACUGAGUGGAUUCUCUCUCUCUCUGUUUUUCCUUUUUAUGAUCAAAAUUCUCUCUGCAGGACAACACAAUAUUGAACAAAAACUCCCAUGGACAAUAUGAUAUUGAACAAAACUCCCAUCCAUAUUUCGAGGAAUAAGUACAUUGUAAAACAAUUUUUAAAUGCUUAUUGAUAUUUUAAUAUAUUGGAACAAGUUAUAUUCUGAAAUAAAUUAUUUCUUUAUUGCA